UAAAUUAUCGACAAUAUUAUCAAGUAACCAAUUGAUGCACAACAUUCGUAAUUUUUACGAAUUUGAUUCGAGGAUUUAUAAUAAUUUAGAACACCGAAACUUGUAUGUGUUAAACUUAGAUUGCGAUUACGCUCCUAAAGUUUUACGAGAGGCAAAUUUGAAAAAAAUGUUUGUGGCCCCGACAAAAUGGCUGCUCUUCCAGGAUCGAAAUAUAUCAAUUGAUAACAGUGAUAAUACCAAAUUAGCUUUUACAUAUAAUAAUUCGAUUAUGAAGAUGUUUGAGACCUUAGACGUCUAUCCUGAUAGCGAUGUUGUCCUCGCACAAAGAUUCGACGGUGAUUUUCUACAAUUAACUUCCGUAUACCGACCAAGUCCGCAGCGAGAAGUGAUAUGGGAAGAUCGUGGAAAUUGGACGUUCAAAAAUGGUCUACAAAUGAAAACUUUUGACGUGGCUUCAAGACGCAGAAGGAAUCUUCAACAAACGAUUCUUAAGUCUGCUCUCGUGAUGACUGAUCCCAACACGAUCAAUCAUUUAACUGACUUCGAAGAUAUAUCCAUAGAUGCUGUUACGAAAACUGGAUAUCCCUGGAUUCUUAAUUUAGCAGAGCGAAUGAAUGCAACGAUAAGUUUCGAAAUCACCGAUGAUUGGGGAUAUCCCACAAAGAAUGGCUCCUGGAGCGGAAUGAUCGGGAUGCUGAAACGAGGCGAGAUCGAUAUCGGUGGCACCGCUACAUUUCUUGUGUCAGAACGUCUCGGUGUUGUGCAAUAUAUUCAAUUAUAUACUAGGACAAGCUCACGUUUUAUAUUUCGACGACCAUUAUUGUCGACUGUGAGCAAUAUUUUGACUUUACCCUUUCAACGUAAUGUCUGGAUAGCGAUUGCCAUAUUCCUCAUUGUCGUCUUUUGUUUACUUUCUUUAUCUAUCAUAUGGGAGUAUAAUCGGAAUAUAAAAAUGACAAAAUCAGCAGUUCACUGGCAGCAAAUGAAUCCCAACAAACCAACAGUCAGUGAUAAAGUAUUCAUUCUCUUACGCGCGUUCGUCCAACAAGGAUCUUCGUAUGAACCGUUUCGAACUUCGUCUCGAAUCAUUAUUUUGAUGUUAAUGUUAGCUUCCCUGAGUCUCUACGCGGCUUAUACAGCGAAUAUUGUGGGCCUGUUGCAAUCUACUACGGAUUCUAUCAAAAGUCUCUCGGAUCUUUUAAACAGCCCGUUAAAAUUAGGGGCGCAGGAUGUCGUAUACAACCGACACUACUUCAAGUCAUUUCAAGAUCCUGUUAGAAAAGCGAUUGUGGAACAGCGAAUCGAACCGAAGGGACGUAAAUCGAACUGGAUGUCCAUGGAAGAAGGUGUAAGUCGAAUAAAAAACGAACUCUUCGCGUUCCAUGGUGAAAUCGGAUCGUUGUAUCAGAUAAUGGAAGCUACAUAUCAGGAGGACGAAAAGUGCGGCCUGACUGAGAUCGAUUUCUUAAAAGUCCUAUAUCCGCUUCUCGUCAUACAAAUACAGUCACCGUAUUUAGAAAUAAUAAAAAAUGGGGCUCUAAAAUUGGGAGAAUACGGACUCAAACAUCGCGAGGAGUAUCGUUUAUAUACCAGAAAACCGGAGUGUUCGAGUCAGACUAGUUUCAUUACUAUCGGUAUCACGGAAUGUUAUUUCUCUUUGGCCAUAAUGGGCUACGGAAUACUUCUCUCCGUAAUAAUAUUUGCCCUCGAAUUAUUGUGGCAUAAAAAGUAAAAUAUAAUAGAAAUAUCAUUUAAGUAAUUAAUAUUAAUUAUGUGUCUUCAAAUAUGU